AUGAUCCGAUACAAAGGAGGCACGAUGAUGUACGACAGGGUGGCUACUUUAUUUGGCAGAAUCGCCACGAUUCUAAACGGGUUCAACCAUGAGAAUCCCCCGCCAACCAACCUAUCAGACUUGGCAGGAGUAGCAUUCCAAGCCUUCACACAAGAAAUCAAGGACGUUGGGGCUGAACACCUAGAGACAGGAGCAGCAGGACCACUACUUAUGGACUACCCCAGCAACCUGUCUCGAAUGCACCGCCUACGCGAACGAGCAGAGAAAGAAGAGAAGCGAAUCAAGCAAAUUGUGGGAAUUGCAAACAGCACAGGACAAAUCAGACCCAACAGAAGCUACAUUCCAGGACAAUCCGCACCACCAAGACCAGGAGGAAGAGUCUUCGUGGGAUUCCACCAACUAAAAUUCCACGAUUGGAUGUUCGAAGAACAUGGAAAGACAGUAAUCAAACAAAAAGCACCAGUGCAGAGGCGUACAGACAUGAUAGAAUGGAAUGCAGACGAACACUUGGAGGAACUCGAGUCACAGGUGCAAUACAGAGAUUGUCCGAGCGAAUGGCAGCCCAUAUUCGACGCAAUCUUGAAGGAAUACUGGGACGUCUUUGCCAAAGAAGGGAUGCAAAAACACAUCCUAGGCUACGAAUUCAACAUCGACACAGGCACCAUUCCCCCCGUGUGCUGCAAGCAACCGAGAUACGGACCGCACGAAAGCCGGGUAAUGACAAACCUGGUGGAACAACUAGAGAGCAAAGGACUCAUCGAGGACGACUUUGGGCCAUGGGGAGCGCAAGUAGUCCUGGCAGCAAAACCAAACCAAGGACACGUCCACUGGUCCCAAUACAUCUUCCGAUUAUGCGUGUCAUACCGCAAACUGAAUGCAGUCACGAGACCAUUCCACUUCUACAUCCUGAGAUGUGACGAUGCAGUGGAUACAGUUGGAGAUGCAAAGUUUUUUAUCACAAUGGAUUUGGACGCAGGCUACUGGCAGAUCAAGAUGGCUGCCUCAUCAAAAGAGAAAACGGCGUUCUUCGUACCAGACGGCAAGAAGCACUUCCUAGUGAUGCCAAUGGGGAUACUAAGCGCCCACGCAUUCUUUGUCUGUGUAACCAUUCAAUUCAAGAAAGAAUGGCACGAGUUGUACAAACGAGACCCAAAAGCAGCACUACAAAAACUACUGGACAUCAUCAACAAGCACAGAGCGGCCAUCACGCUGAUCCUGGGCGAAAGCGCCGUCAAGGACAUUGAAGCAAAAGUGGCGAUCGCUCUAUUAGAAACGGACCCAAAUGCAUCAGUAAUCGUUGACGACAUCAUGCUAUUCGACACCAACAUCUUAUCACUGAUCGCAUACUUUGUAGCCACACUUGAAAUCCUCCAACGAUACCGAGUGUCCGUCAACCUAAGAAAUACGAGGUUCCUACCAGCACGGGCAGAAUUUGUGGGACGUGACCUACUGCCCAAUGGAAACACCCCGGCACAAUCCAAGUACUCGACAGUCGAAAAGCUAUGCCCACCAGCAUCAUACUCGGACAUCCAGAUGAUCAACGGACUAUUUGGAUGCUACUCCCAAUGGAUACCACAUCUAGAGGAAAAGAUCCAACGAUGGAGGACCAUGGUGAUGGACAAACCAAAGCCCGGAGAAUGCACAAAAGAAGAGGAAGCAGAACAAGUGAAAGCACAAUGGGAGCCACAGGACAACAAAACGCUGGACGAACUCAAGCAAGCUAUUGUCACAGGACCAAUAUCGAAGAGACCCAAUCCAAAGAGACAAUUCUACUUGAAAACGGACUGGUCAAGCAACGCCAUGGGAGCGGUCCUCCCACAAGCGGACACGACAGAAGAAGCAGAGGAAUCAAUGAGGAAAGAGAUCGAAGGAGGAAAAUGCGAGUUUGACAAAUCAAUGUCAAAACUCAGACUCAGACCCAUAGCAUUCAUAUCGAGAAUAUGCAAGGGCAAAGAGCGAGACUGCCAUUCCUUUGUGGGAGAAGCAGUAACAGGUCGAUGGGCGAUGAAGAAGUUCCGACAAUGGCUCAUCGAAAAAGAAUUUACGUGGAUCACGGACUGCAGCGGACUAACCAAGUUCUUUGAAGGCGAAUACGACAUCACACACACACUACAACAGUGGAAACUAGAGAUAUUGACAUUCAUCUUCACUAUAGUUCACAGACCAGCGAAGAUGCUCACAGAAUGCGACCUCCUGUCAAGAUACGAGGGCAUCCUAAGCACAUGGAGGAAUACGGAAGAAGCCCACACAGACAACCCGAUCAUUGCUGCGGCAUGGAAACUCAGAGAAGACGAAGCCCCGCCCUGGUCCAGACAGCACCUACUACCCACUGUGAAAGGCGACCGGAUUACAACACGAACAGAACUAGCGCAAAUAUGCGACACAGCAAGAGCAAAAUGGAUCAUCGGAAGAUCCCUAGACACCAUUGUGGACAGCUUCGAACUACUUGGAGGAACCAUCAUGCUAACAGCUAGCACCAGCGAGGAGGAAUAUUGGCAGCUACAACACGACAUACCAAACAUUGAAACGUUUGCCAAAAGGCUGGUCAACAACACAGCACAACCGCCAGUAGAAUGGUUGAUUGUAACCAACAUGGAAAAAUACAACUCAACAACCUCGGAGGCCCUUCGCACCAUCAUCAGAAAAGCAACGACACAGGGAGCAACACAAUGCAUACUCAUGUGGACAGGAAAGCCACCCGGCAAGAUCAUCGACGAAUGGGAACAAUACAUCAAAAGAGAAACCAGAGACAGAACCGACCUACAAACCGCGACACGCACAGCCAGAGGCAGCACAGCACAAGCAGACAUAGACACCGAACACACCAUCAUACUCACAGCCGGGAGAAGAGUGACGGAGGCAUGGAGCAGAAGUUUAGUCGAUGAAGAUCCAUACGCACAGCCAGGAACAAUCGAAAACGCUAUGGACGCACCAAACGAAAGCUACACGGGAUAUUUCAACGUGGCAAGGCUAGGACAAAACAGAGUCCACACGGUCAACUCACAAGGACACACACAAGAACAUGAGAUCUACGAUACCACCGAAAUCUCCCCCAGCUUCCACACAACACCCAUGAUCUCAGCGCAAGGCACAAUAGCAAUCGCAACCAAUGACGCAGAGGUAACAUCACCGGUCCAAACGAUCAGACCUUGGGAAGCCCUCAGCCUGUUUGGUUUCACAAAAGAGGACAGCAGAAAACUGUUGUUUGAGGAGAAACUCAGUUGGAGAGAGACAAAAGAAACAAUGAAGAGCAUAGCACCACAACAGGUGUGGCAGCAAGUGUUCACGUACAGCAUGUGCAAAAACAUUCAGCGACAACACCUAUCGGACAAAACAGAACACAAAUUCUUGACAAUGUACGCAAGACCAAAACAUGCUAAGAAACACCUAACAGCGAUAGUCAGCAGAUCCAUCAACCCAUUCACAACGCUACCGAUCCCAACAGGAGAAGACUGGCGAGAGAAAUGCAACGGAGACCCAGACAUCAGCCACAUCAUCAAGGCAAUCCGCAACAACAAAAAGGUAGACAGAUCAAAGCUCACAAACCCAACGUAUGCCUCAGAACUCAACAGAGAUAAGCUAGAGAUUGAAAACGGCAUCCUCCUAUACCAAUUAAAAGAACCGAAGUCGGCACCAAUGCGUCAACUACGAUGA